AUGGAGCCCCCUCCCUCUGUCAACCAGCAGCAACAGCAGCAACCGGCUCAGGCCUACCCUAAUGUGAACCCCUACCCCGCCGGACCCGUCGACGGUUCGGCCCCCGGUCCUAGCGGUUCGCCUAUGCCCGCCGCCGGUCCUGGUGCUGGCUUCCCCAUGCGUUCGGGAUUAGCUGGCAUGCAGCCCCACAGCAUGUCUUCGCCGCCCAACAUGGUCCCCGGCUCCGGUGCUGGUCUCCGCGGCGGCCUGCCUGAGGAGAAGAACGUCUUUGAGAUGGUUCGUGACAACACGAAUGUUUACGCCCGGAAAUUCCAAGGCCUUCUCGACAGGUCCACUCCUCACAUGAUGGAGCGCUGGGCUUUUACCGGAUUCCUCUUUUUCUGCUUCUCGCUCGUCGUUGUGCUCCGCCAGGGAUGGUACAUUGUCAUGUACGCCCUCGCCAUCUACAUCCUCAACCUCUUCCUCGCUUUCCUGCAGCCUCGGUUCGACCCGAGUCUCGCCGACGACCUCGCCCAGGAGGACGUCGAGGAGGGUGCCCCCGGACUGCCGGGUAGCGAGCCCAAGUCCCCCGGCGGCAUCCGUGGUCUCCUGUCCGGAUUCUCUAACGGAGGUGACGACGAGGAGUUCCGCCCCUUCAUCCGCCGCCUUCCGGAGUUCAAGUUCUGGUACUCGGCGACCAAGGCCACUACUAUUGCUCUCCUCUGCACCAUCACCCGUGCUACGGACGUUCCCGUUUACUGGCCCAUCCUUCUCGUGUACUUCUGCACGCUCUUCGCCCUUACCAUGCGCCGCCAGAUUCAGCACAUGAUCAAGUACCGUUACAUCCCUUGGGACCUCGGUCGCAAGCAGCGCUACGGUGGCAGGAAGUAA